CAGUGAGGCAGGCGGGCGGCGGCGAGAGUCGGGCCGCUGAGGCGGCGUCCGGCGCGGGGGAGUGGGAGAUGGCCUUCACGCUGUACUCGCUGCUGCAGGCCGCGCUGCUGUUCGUCAACGCCAUCACGGUGCUGCACGAAGAGCGCUUCCUCCGCAGGAUUGGCUGGGGAACAGACCAAGGCAUUGGAGGGUUUGGAGAAGAACCGGGAGUUAAAGCACAAUUAAUGAACCUCAUCCGAUCUGUACGGACAGUUAUGAGAGUGCCAUUAAUCGGAGUGAACAGCAUAACCAUUGUGUUGCUUCUGUUGUUUGGUUGAAGACGGCCUCUUCCAAGCAACCGGCUGAAUUCAUCCAGAGCAAACAGACUGCAGAUCCAGAACAGGCAGACUGCAGAUCCAAUUGGCAUUGUGUUCCUUGGGAUCCGGUCGGGCUUGGCUGUGGAAACCGCCCCCUUUUCUCAAUAAAGACACCCUUUGUAUUUA